GAUGACAUCGCUAACACCACUUACAUCGUCCAUCAAUUUUUGUGAGGCCCCUACAGCUCCAACUAUCAUCCACAUCUUGACAUGGCCAUGAGAAGCGCUAGCUUAGGCAACGCGAACGCCACAAUCAACCCCGCCAUCAACAUUCAGCCUUGCCGCAUCACUUCCAAGGCUCACUGGUAGCAUAGCCUCGAUCCGACUUCGAUGUGGGCGCAUCCGUUCCUUCCUCUUCAGCUCGGACUAGCAUCGCUCACUCACAACACAAUGGCCAACUUUGGCUUCUCGAUCAGUGACAUUUAUUUGAUUAGCAACUACGCAUACUCGGUCUAUAAGUCGUGCAAGAACGCAGGCGACAGCUUCCGUGAGAUCACCGUGGAGGUCGACUCACUACGAUCGCUCCUUCUUGCUCUGGACAACGAGUACAAAAAGCCUCAUUCCUCGUUCCGACAUCUUACGCCUGUGCAGGAAGGCCAGUUGGCAGCUCGCUUACAGGACUGCAGAGCGGAUCUUCGUUCGGUGAAGGCGAUAUUGCACGACUUCCGCUCGCUCGACACUGGCGAUGCACGGUCACGGUAUCGCGACAAGCCUGCGUUCACGAGUGGAAAACAAGCUGCGAUAAGGGACAAGAUUGGUGCCCAUAGUGCCCGGCUACAGCAGCUUCUCAGUGGCCUGAAUGUCGCGACGUUCUCCAGGAUUGAGAGGAACACUGAGGCACACUAUCUUUCAUUGCUUGAGAUUCACGGAAAGUUGGAUAAGAUCCGCAUGGACAUAUCCUCUGGAAGACGCAAUGCCGUGGCAGUCGAUGAUACCAAUGAAGCGGUGGCAUUGGAAGAUGAGAUCCUCGAUGACAAUAUGACUGACCCGGACGUCGACGUCUCAUUGGAAAUCUUCGAAUGGAUCAACCAGGUCAACAGGUACAGCUUGCCACUUAUAAGCGAAGGCUAUUCCUCAGCCCCAACUCACUAUUUGGACGAUAACUUGUCCCUAUUCAGCGUGGACUCUCGUUCGCUGGGAGAAGGUGUCAAUGCAACUGCAAACAAUUUUACUUUUGCCUCAAUCACAUACAAUGGUAGGCAGUUGAAGAUCGCAUCGAAUGCUGUGUCACUUGAAGCUAGAGCUCACCGAUCGUUUGGUGAAGAGCACCAUUUUCAUGAGAAGGAAAAGAGAUGGGUGAAAGGUAAACCCUGGCCUAACCUAUUGCACUUCGGCAAAAGCAACGCAACGAACACUUUUCAUGUCCUCGAAUUCUCUUUAGAAGAGAUUUAUUCUGGUGCUUCAAGACAGCUUGAUGUAGUGCGAAGGAUAUCGCCGAUGAAAGGCUAUGACACAAGUUCCUUCGAAGAACUUUCACUCAACGUCCAGAUCGGAAAAGGGUUUCGUAAAAACGACACGAUGCGAUAUUGCGAAGCUGGUAAUCGAUGUGUAUGGUACACCGAAAGCCUUGUUUUCGUCGUGCAAUGCAAGAAACAAGCUGUUUUCGGAGGGCGUGACGCAAAUCUGACGCAUACGAUCCAAAUCUCUACCAUAGAGGCCAUUGAGGGCUGGGAGAGAGAGAUACGCCACCCCAGCGGUAAAAUGAUUGAGAUAUACGCGGGUGGUUCAACAAACGUUGGGCGUUUCUUGGAGAUGGAGAAUUAUGGACUUCCUUACCGCGAUAAACCCGGAACUUACGGACGCCUGCUCAUCUGGAUUCAAGUCACAGAUAUUGGAGAGAUAUCUGCUAAACAAUCAGCUUUCCUGAAGCUUCACGAAGGACCAUAUUUCGCGCGUGUAAAGGGUCGGAGAGGUCGAACAUACGAGUCUACCGGAAAGCAUCCAUAUGGUGUAUUUACCUUUGGACUCUCAGCCAUGAGACACAGUCAAGCAUGGAGCGCCGGCGCCAGAUAGAAAAGAGAGCCCCCACGCCAAGCCUAGAGAUGCGGAUGAAGGAUGUCCCUGAGUCGCUUCUUUCUUACGAGCACUCGCUUCAGAUUAGAGCAGAAGCCACGCUCCAAGUCAUGUGUCUCGUACGCCUUCUGCUGCAGUCCUGACACGAAUGGGAGUGCGAGUUAGUAGAGGGUAUGUUUCCGCUCGGCCCCCGGGGUUUCGUUACCCGGAUC